AUGUUCCCGUGUGCCUUCGACAGAUCUUCCCUCUCACCUGUGCUUGACCGCGUGACCGUUCAAUUCCGGGCAAACGAGCAAACAUCUCGAGUUGGUGGCAGCCGAAACUACCACAUACUCAUCGUUGGCAGCAGCACGGCAGCAGCACGGCAGCAGCAGCUUCCCCCUCUUUCUGUCCCGCCCCGGCUUCGAGUCUCAACCGUCUUCUCGGGGGGCAACUCUACCGUAACCCUGGCGGCGUACGCCCCGCCGAACGUCCUCGUGUCGGCCUACGGACUCGGCGCGACCGCGCCUUCGACGCACCAUUAUGCGGAGCAGCCAUCUUCGCCGUACACCGUCGACAGCGGCUUUGGGACUGCAGAGUUCCAACUCCCGCACCCGAAACGGCAGAAGCUAUUUGACCCGGCUCCAGCCCACUCAAAGAAGGACGGCUCGGACAGACCUACCAAGGCCGCCGAUAUGACGGCCUCGGAUGCCGUCCCCGCCAAGAGUAGGAGAGUUCGCACGGGGUGCUUGACGUGCCGGGAGAGGCAUCUGAAGUGCGACGAGGGCCUGCCGGACUGUAAGAACUGCCAGAAGAGCCAUAGAGAGUGCAAGAGGGGCGUGCGGUUGAACUUCAUCGACAUGACUUGCAAGGAGCCGCCAUACAUGCCACCAACAGUCGAGUGGGCAGUGCAGUUCCAAGAUGAGUCGCGGCUAAUCGCCUCCGAGUACCGAGGGGGUCUAGGGCGGUAUGCGAAGUUUGAUACUCAGGCCGUCACGCCGCCACAGGAAUCGCAUCUCGAAGCUACUCUGCGCCGACAAUCCCAGGCUAUCGAACGCGCCGAACAGCAGCCCGCAGUUGACGAUAGGUCACCGGCCAUGAUACAGACGCCGCAAUCCGUCUACUAUAGUGACCGGAGCCAGACACACCCAGAACUUGCCGCCGAUGCGCAAAUACAUUCUCGAAAGAGCAGCGCCGCCUCGUUUAUGGCGCCUCUGGGGUCGUCGAGUUCCGGCGGGUACGCGAGCCUGCUUUCGGAUCCCUUUGCACCGAUGAAGGACGUGAGCAGUCGCGAAUCUUCGCACCAUGGGUAUAAAACCAGCAACGUAUCAACGGCUGCCUCUGUGAAUGGCUUGACCGGCGUUGGACCGCCGUCGACCAUCCGGUGCGGUCCAGGGGGUAACAACACAGGCACAGGUAACGAGACGGGGAUGAUGACACCGCCAAACGACAAGACAGGAGAACGUGACUAUCUCAACUCGCCCGAGGAGCUACGCUUCAUGCAUGUAUUUGUCACCGAGGUGGGCGUCUGGAUGGAUAGUCUCGACAAAGAGAAGCACUUCUCGCGCUUGAUGCCCUACCACGCGCUCAAGUGCCCUAUGCUGCUGAACGCACUUCUGGCCUGUGGCGUCAAGCAUCUGACUCUCACGCAGCAGUACAGUGAUGACAAGGCGCUCUUCUACUACGAUACGGCAACGACGCAACUAUUGCGCAACCUGCAGAACCCGGAGCGGAACACAGAUGAGUGUGCUGCUACCGCUGUUGUCCUCAACGUGUAUGAGAUUAUGAGUGAGAAGCCGACGCAGCGCAUGAGCCACAUCGCCGGCGCGCGGGCCCUGAUCCGCGAGUGCGGAUGGAACGCCAGGAGCAAGGGGCUCGGUGCCGCGUGUUUCUGGCUGAACGUGGGUAUGGAGCUGCUGUCGUGCCUCGCCUUCAACUGGCAGACGGCCUGGGACCCGGACACGUGGGGGGUGGACAUGGACUUCACCACGGACAAGGAGACGGGCAGCGAGGAGAUCUGGGUGCACCGCAUCUUCUACAUCGUGGCCAAAAUUGCCAACUUCCGCUUUAGCGUGCCUAAGUUCCAGGAGGCGAGGCCGCACGACGAGGAGAUGCGCCAUAACGCGAGGAAUGACGAGUGGAAACGCCUCAAGAGCUUGUGUGAUGAGUGGAACACUGCCUGUCCGAGGCCGAUGCACCCGUACGGGUACCUGCAUCCGACACAGCAGACGGGGCCUAACAAGUCGCUCUUCCCUAACGUGUGGCUUAUCAAACGCGCCGCCAUCGUCGGUAGGCUGUACUACCACACGGCGGAAUGCAUACUGGCGCAAGUGAACCCGACGUCUGCGAAGGAUUCCCACGAAUCGCGUUCAACCCAACAGUACCACGCGCACCAGGUCUGCGGCAUCGUCGCGCAUACCGAGGACCGCGGCGUGGCAUCCGUCUCGAUCCGCUCACUGGCCAUAGUGGCCGAGAUACUAACCGACUACGCCGAGCAGCAGGAGGUGGUCAGGACCCUCGAGCGCAUCGACCGCGAGACGGGCUGGAAGCUGGCCGGCGUGGUCAAGAGCCUCAAGAAGAUCUGGGGCUGGGGGGAAAUGGCGACGACAACGGGUCUCACGGCGCAGAUGCUCGGCGGCCCCGGCCCCGGUGGCGUACCUGUAGCUGCAGGCGCUGCCACGCCCGGCAUGGGGGUGAUGAACGCGAUGGGCAUGGGCAAGCAGCAGAUCGACCGCAUGUCCAUGGCGCACGCCAUGCAGACCACGCAGACGACCACGCCGCCCCAGCAGGUCAUGCCGUCUGCCAUGGCGCAGCAGCCGCAGCCCGGUGUACAGCAGCAGCAGCCGUUGGCGGCACCUCGGCCGAUGCGCGUCAACCCGCUCAGCUUUGCCGACUUUAGCCUGCCGAACCAUCCGUACCAGAACUGGUACGAGCCGCCGAGUCGGUCGAACAAUUACAACUCGCAGAGUUUUCUGUGA